GCAAGCCCCAGCCAGACCAGUCAGGGGGCGUCGUGAUGCUGCUGCGCCUGCUGCUGGCCUGGGCGGCCGCAGUGCCCACACUGGGCCAGGCUUCCUGGCCCAAUGAGCCCCACGCAACCUGCGGGCCCAGCAGCUGCUAUGUUCUCUACCCCGAAUCCCGCACCUUCCUGGAAGCCUGGAGGGCCUGCCGUGAACUAGGGGGCAACCUGGCCACACCGAGGACAGCUGAGGAGGCCCGGCGUGUGGACAGCCUGGUGGGCACUGGCCCAAAGGACAAGUUGCUGUGGAUUGGACUGCAGCGACAGGCACGGCAGUGCCAGCUGCAGCGCCCACUUCGUGGCUUCACAUGGACCACGGGAGACCAGGACACUGCCUUCACCAACUGGGCACAGCAAGCCACGGGAGGGUCCUGCAUGGCCCAGCGCUGUGUGGCCCUGGAGGCCAGCCAUGCCCAUCGCUGGCACGAGGGGUCGUGCACGUUGCCUAUUGAUGGUUACCUGUGCCAGUUUGGCUUCGAGGGUGCCUGCCCAGCAUUGCCGGAUGAGGCCGGCCAGGCCGGCCCCAUCGUCUACACCACACCCUUCCACCUGGUCUCUACGGAGUUUGAGUGGCUGCCCUUCGGGUCCGUGGCGGCUGUGCAGUGCCAGGCUGGCAGGGGAGCCUCUCUGCUCUGCGUGAAGCAGCCUGAAGGAGGUGUGGGCUGGUCCCAGGCUGGGCCCUUGUGCCCAGGGACUGGCUGUGGCCCGGACAACGGGGGCUGCGAACAUGAGUGCGUGGAGGACAUGAAUGGUCAGGUGUCCUGCCACUGCACUGAGGGCUUCCGGUUGGCAGCAGAUGGGCGCAGCUGUGAGGACCCCUGUUUCCAUGCUCCGUGCGAGCAGCACUGUGAACCUGGUGGGCCACAUGGGUACAGCUGCCACUGUCUCCUGGGCUUCCGACCAGCAGAGGAUGAGCCACACCGCUGCGUGGACACAGAUGAGUGCCAGAUUGCCGGUGUGUGCCAGCAGAUGUGUGUCAACUAUGUUGGUGGCUUUGAGUGCUAUUGCAGAGAGGGUCACGAGCUCCAAGAAGAUGGCAGCAACUGUACCCCCACAAGUGCCAUGGGCACCAGGGCUUCCCAGGACCUUGGAGAAGAGGUGGUGGACAAUCGGGAAGAAGAGGAAGAGGAGGAGGAGGUGCAGGAGGCCUGGAAGGACUUUAAAGGUGGCUGGAGAAAGGAUGCUGGGAUCCUGUGGAUGAAACCCACACAGCCACCGGACUUCGGCUUGGCUUAUAGACCCAGCUUCCCAGGACAGCGAGAACCGAGGAGACCCCAUCUGGAGCCCACCUGGCCACCCCCACUCAGUGCCCCCAGGGUCCCCUACCACUCUUCAGUGAUCUCUGACACUCAGCCCGUGGUAAUCUCUGCCACACGCCCCACACUGCUUUCUGCCCGCCAGACCCCUAUUAUCUCUGCCACACACCCACCCCUGAACCCUGCCCGCAGACCUCCUGUGACCUCUGCCCUGCGCCCCACACUGCCUUCUGCUCACCAGAUCCCCCCACACCCACCCUUAAGCCCUGCCCAUAGACCUCCUGAGAUCUCUGCCAUGCACCCCACUCUAUCUUCUGUCCACCAGACCCCUAUUAUCUCUGCCACACACCCACCCCUGAGCCCUGCCUAUCGAUACCCCAUGAUCCCUGCCAUGCACCCAGCUGUGCUUCCUGAACACCAGCCUCCCAUGAUCUGGAACAACUAUCCACAUCUGCCUUCUGCCCACCAGCCCCAAGUUAUCUCUGUAGCUGCCCCAGCACAGCCCCCUGCCCGCCAGCCCCCUGUUACCUCAGCCAAAUAUCCCCAGUUCUUCCCUACCCACCUAUCUCCCAUGUUUCCGGACCCUCAGGUGGCCGACACCCAGACCACCACUCAUCUCUCUGGAAUUCCAGCUAACCCUGCCCCCCUGGACACUACCCCAAGUUCCCAUCAACCUCCUCCGUUCAUAGAUGUCACAGGCGUCAGGGCCCAAGCCCCCCAGCUUUCUUUUACCCGAACUGUCCAGCCCACCCUCCCCACUACCUCUGGGUCACCUGGGACCCCUGCCCAUCAGGCCCCUGUGCCGACUGCCACCCAACUCCCAGCCCUCCCUUCUCCUUUGCCUCCUGAAAGCCCAGCUAACCAGACCUCACGCAUCAGCCCUAUACAUCCCCGUUCCAAAGCUCCCCAAGUCCCAAGGGAAGGUGGCCCUACUCCCAAGGUGGUCCCUACAGCAGUUCCAACAGCUCUGGCAGAGGCUGGUCUAGCAGGUCAAAGCCAGAGGGAUGACCGGUGGCUGCUGGUGGCACUCCUAGUGCCAACGUGUGUCUUCCUGGUGGUCCUGCUUGCACUAGGCAUCGUGUACUGCACCCGCUGUGGCCCCCACGCACCCAACAAGCGCAUCACUGACUGCUAUCGCUGGGUCACCCACGCUGGGAGCAAAGGCCAAACAGAACCCGUGCCGCCCAGGGGCAGCUUCACAGGGGUACAGACCUGCAGAACCAGCGUGUGACAGGGCACAGAUGCCCCCUGCAGAUAGGAGGAAGGGACAUGGCUGGACACAUGGCUGAGGCUUCACCGGGGACCCAAGGGGGCUGCCCAGCUGGACAGAGGGCUUCCUGUUCCCUGGAUCCAGCACUCAUGACAGAGGACACACCAAAGCCCCCAAGACCGCAGGGGGUGGGUGCUGGGGUCUUCUCCAAUAAAUGGGGUGACAACCUCA